CCCGCCCUGCUCCGGGGAGCUGGUGAGCAAGAGUCUGGCCCGAGUUGGCUGGAGCUGUUGCCAUGACAAGCAUUUUCUUAAGACAGCUCUGCUGUUGAGACCGUCCAAAGCUGGGGGUUGAGGGAGGGGAGUACGAACUUCCUGGGGAACCAUACCCCGAGGAGAGCAAGACCAGAGACACCCGCGCAGCUCCCCUGCACCCAUUUUCUUCCAGGAACCUGAACAGUCCUUCCCGUUGGGAGGGCCGGGGAGGAGACCCAGCCCACUCCCUGGCGGUAGCUGAGAAGGCUAGCGCAAAGCCGGCAUCUCCAGCGCGCUCGCUACAUUGGGGAGACCGGUGGGGGGUCGCCCCCACGCUAGCCCAGUCCAUGGAAACCCGGAGGGAGAGUCCCGCUUGGAGAAGCCUGGAUCUUUGCUAGAAAGAGAGAGAUCCAGUUAUCGUUGGUAUCCAGGGAGCGCUCCUCUUCCUCCUUCUCCAGCCGCCUCUCCACCACUGCAGUUACUGGUUGUUGCUAAGGUUGCCUCCAUGGUAACAUGCACAUCCUGUUUACACCUCCAUCUGGGCAAGUUGGUCUGAGCUAGGAACCUACCUAUCCUAGACGACUGGGGAUACCAUCUGGGGACACCAAUCAUCGUGACACGUGGUCCGGCCUCCACUCGGUUCCCCCAUUCUCUUCCUCCUUUCGCUGCCAGGCUUUAGACACAAAAGGACCUGGGCUCAAGGCUGCUACUCUGAAGCUGAUUGCACAAAAUAUAGUCGAUCUUACCUGACUGGGCCCCUGGAGAAGCAACUGGGAGCAGUUGAGGCAGGGAGGCGAGAGACCUCGGGCAGUUGAAGGAGAACUCCACAUUUUCUGUGGUGGAGGGGCUUGGUAACAGCAAGCAAAAUGACGAACCCAACAGAACGUGCUUUGCCAGCCAAUUCUGUGGCUGAGAGCCGCGAUGGGGACUUCGGCUGCACGGUCAUGGACCUGAGGAAGCUCAUGGAGCUGCGUUCGGCGGAUGCCAUAGAGCAGAUCAACAUCCAGUAUGGAGGUGUGAUGAACCUCUGCACCAAGCUGAAAACCCACCCUGUAGAAGGCCUAACUGGGAAUCCUGCAGAUCUGGAGAAGCGUAAACACGUAUUUGGGCAAAACUUGAUCCCCCCCAAAAAGUCCAAGACAUUUUUGGAGCUGGUGUGGGAAGCCCUUCAAGACGUCACGCUCAUCAUCCUGGAGAUCGCCGCCAUCAUCUCCCUGGUCCUGUCCUUCUACCGCCCUGCUGGGGAGGAGAAUGAACAGUGUGGUCUACCCGUAAGCAGCCCAGAAGACGAAGGGGAGGCCCAAGCCGGCUGGAUCGAGGGGGCAGCCAUCCUCCUCUCCGUGAUCAUCGUGGUGCUCGUGACUGCCUUCAAUGACUGGAGCAAGGAGAAGCAGUUCCGGGGGCUGCAGAACCGCAUUGAAAGGGAGCAGAAAUUCUCCGUUAUCCGAAAUGGCCACAUCAUCCAGCUGCCGGUGGCCGAGAUCGUGGUGGGUGACAUCGCCCAGAUCAAAUACGGUGACCUGCUGCCUGCUGAUGGCAUCCUGAUCCAGGGCAACGACCUCAAGAUUGAUGAGAGCUCUCUGACUGGGGAGUCGGACCAUGUCAAGAAGUCCCUGGAAAGAGACCCCAUGUUGCUGUCAGGGACCCAUGUCAUGGAAGGAUCUGGCCGGAUGCUAGUAACUGCUGUGGGUAUCAACUCCCAGACUGGAAUCAUCUUUACCCUUUUGGGGGCCAGUGAGGAAGAAGAGGAGGAGAAGAAGAAGAAAGGUAAAAAACAAGGAGUCCCUGAAAAUCGCAACAAAGCAAAGACUCAGGAUGGAGUGGCCCUGGAAAUCCAGCCACUCAACAGCCAGGAGGGGGUUGACAGUGAGGAGAAGGAGAAGAAGACGGUCAAACUGCCCAAGAAGGAGAAGUCGGUGCUGCAGGGCAAGCUGACACGCCUGGCUGUGCAGAUCGGGAAAGCCGGACUGAUCAUGUCUGCCUUCACGGUUAUCAUCCUGAUUCUGUACUUUGUGAUCGACAACUUCGUGAUACAGCGCAGGUCCUGGCUGCCCGAGUGCACACCCAUCUACAUCCAGUACUUUGUCAAGUUCUUCAUCAUUGGCAUCACUGUGCUGGUGGUGGCUGUGCCCGAGGGCCUGCCCCUGGCCGUCACCAUCUCUCUGGCCUACUCCGUGAAGAAAAUGAUGAAAGACAACAACCUGGUGCGUCACCUGGAUGCCUGUGAGACCAUGGGCAACGCCACGGCUAUUUGCUCAGACAAGACAGGCACGCUGACCAUGAACCGCAUGACUGUGGUGCAGGUCUAUGUUGGAGAAACCCAUUACCCAACGGUCCCGAGCCCUGAUGCCCUCCUGCCCAAGGUCCUGGACCUCAUUGUCAAUGGCAUCUCCAUCAACAGCGCCUACACCUCCAAGAUCCUGCCUCCGGAGAAGGAGGGAGGGCUUCCGCGGCAGGUGGGCAACAAGACCGAGUGCGCCCUGCUGGGCCUCGUCUCCGACCUGAAGCAGGACUACCACGCCGUGCGCCAGGAGGUGCCCGAGGAGAAGCUCUACAAGGUGUACACCUUCAACUCGGUGCGCAAGUCCAUGAGCACCGUCGUCCGGAAGCCCAGCGGCGGCUUCCGCAUGUACAGCAAGGGCGCCUCGGAGAUCAUCCUGCGCAAGUGCAAUCGAAUCCUGGACAAGAAAGGGGACGUCGUGCCGUUCAAGAACAAGGACCGAGAUGAGAUGGUCCGCACGGUCAUCGAGCCCAUGGCCUGUGAGGGCCUCCGGACCAUCUGCAUAGCCUACAGGGACUUCAAUAACGCAGAGCCCAUGUGGGACAACGAGAACGAGAUCCUCACUGAGCUGACCUGUAUCGCCGUGCUGGGCAUUGAGGACCCCGUGCGCCCGGAGGUGCCAGACGCUAUUGCCAAAUGCAAGCGAGCUGGCAUCACUGUCAGGAUGGUGACAGGAGACAAUAUCAACACCGCCCGGGCCAUCGCCACCAAGUGUGGCAUCCUGACCCCAGGGGAGGACUUCCUGUGCUUGGAGGGCAAAGAAUUCAACCGACUCAUCCGCAAUGAGAAGGGCGAGGUAGAGCAAGAAAAGCUUGACAAGGUCUGGCCGAAACUUCGAGUCCUGGCAAGAUCCUCGCCCACGGACAAGCACACACUAGUGAAAGGGAUCAUUGACAGCACCAUUGGGGAACAGCGGCAGGUGGUGGCUGUCACUGGUGACGGAACAAAUGAUGGGCCGGCGCUGAAGAAAGCAGACGUUGGCUUUGCCAUGGGCAUUGCAGGCACAGACGUGGCCAAGGAGGCCUCAGACAUCAUCCUGACUGAUGACAACUUCACCAGCAUUGUGAAGGCCGUGAUGUGGGGACGAAAUGUCUACGACAGCAUCUCCAAGUUCCUCCAGUUCCAGCUCACUGUCAACGUGGUGGCGGUGAUCGUGGCCUUCACUGGGGCCUGCAUCACUCAGGACUCCCCACUGAAAGCCGUGCAGAUGCUGUGGGUUAACCUAAUCAUGGACACAUUCGCCUCACUGGCCCUGGCCACGGAGCCUCCCACGGAUUCUCUGUUGAAGCGCCGCCCUUAUGGCCGAAACAAGCCCCUGAUCUCACGCACCAUGAUGAAGAACAUCCUGGGCCACGCCGUCUACCAGCUCACUGUCAUCUUUUCCCUUGUCUUUGCUGGCGAGAAGUUCUUUGACAUUGACAGCGGGAGGAACGCACCCCUGCACUCACCGCCCAGCCAGCACUACACCAUCAUCUUCAACACCUUCGUGCUGAUGCAGCUCUUCAAUGAAAUCAACUCCCGCAAGAUCCACGGGGAGAGGAAUGUCUUCUCCGGCAUCUUCCGCAACAUCAUCUUCUGCGCCGUGGUCUUUGGCACAUUCGUCAGCCAGAUCAUCAUCGUGGAACUCGGAGGGAAACCCUUCAGCUGCACGAAGCUCACCCUGUCCCAGUGGCUUUGGUGUCUCCUCAUCGGUAUCGGCGAGCUGUUGUGGGGCCAGGUAAUCUGCACGAUACCUACCAAAUCCUUGAAGUUCCUGAAGGAAGCCGGGCAUGGUACCACCAAGGAGGAGAUCACCAAGGACGCUGAGGGGCUGGAUGAGAUCGACCUGGCAGAGAUGGAGCUGCGCAAGGGCCAGAUCCUCUGGUUCCGCGGCCUGAACCGCAUCCAGACUCAGAUCGACGUAAUUAACACAUUCCAGACGGGAGCCAAUUUUAAGGGAGUCCUAAAGCGGCAGACCAUGGGUCAACACCUUGACGUAAAACAUGUUCCUAUCUCGUCCUGUAUCAAGGUGGUGAAAGUAUUCCAUAGUUCCCUCCACGAAACCCGUCACAAACCCAAGAACAAAGACUCCAUCCACAACUUCAUGACCCAACCUGAGUUCUCCAUGGAGGAGGAGGUGCCGCGGACUCCGCUGCUGGAGGAAGAUGAGGAAGUUCCCGACAGCGCCGCUAAGUCUGGGACUGGGGUGCUCCUGUUGGACGGUGAGGUCACCCCACAGGCCAACAAAAACAACAAUGCAGUGGACUACAGCCCAGUGCAGACUGUCGCCUCCCACUCGGACAGCCCCGUGCACAGCCUGGAGACGUCAGUUUGAACUUGAUUCUCUGACCCCCCGUCCCUGCUUUUCCCUGUCUCCUUUGUCCAGCCUCUAAGGUGAUGAUGGGACUUUUCACUGUCAUGUCAGCGGCUCCCAAGUAUGUGUGAUUCACCCCUAUGUGACCACGAAGAGGCAAGCACGCAGACCUACUAAGGAUUUGGCUUUAAAAACUCAAACUGGGGUUCGUAGCAGGACCCCAUUGAACCCCAGGGGGUAAUGAGGAGUAGGAUCUACUUCCUGGGGUGUUUUCAUUGUCAUUUUUAAAGAAACGACAACAGUGCCCUUGGCCUCUACCCCAACCCAAAUUCUUACCCAGUAUUCAUAUGUAGGUCACAUCUCCUGACUUCUGGAUUUUACCCUAUGAGUCUGUGCUAUUUAUAAGCUUGAUUGAGGGUUCACAGAGACACAUAUCCUCAAACGAAAUGUCUUGAGGUAAGAAUGGAGUGUGCAGAACCAGCCUCUAUAGGGAUGGUUGUUAAAACAAUUUUCCCAUUUUGGAAAGCUCUACUUAAAACCUGCUAGCUCUUUCUGCCCUUCCAGUCAAACCUCCCCAAGGUUCUUUUGGUCUCUCGUGACUGUUGUCUUCCUUCUCUUUACUCUUUGCUUUUUAAUUUAAGUUGAUAAGACAUUAGAAAGGGCACGGAUCAAUUAAGUCAACUUUGACCACUCCCCCCUUCUGGUGCCAAUGGAACUCUUGAUUUCGUUCUAAAGGCAGAGAGGUCUGCCUUGUCUGUUGCAAGGGUCCUUGGGAAGCAAUUAAGAGCUGCUAGGAGUGUAUUCCUCUUCUUGCCAGGUUACCUUUUCUGCUUCAAAACCGCCAUCUUGUCAGGUGUGUGUGCUUUUUAAGUGCCAGGGAGAUCAGUCUUGACAACGAAGCUCGUGUAUAUGUGGUAUACAGUUUUGCUGAGAGCCUGAACAUUCUCCUGAUACAAAAGUGGUAGGGAAAGAAAGAAUGGAAAAUAGCCCUGCCCCCAACUGAACUUGGAUGUCGAAGACCAGAAUCUGGCAGGUCUAAGACAAGACAGACCGUCAAAGCCAACUUUGGUGGGGUCCUCCUUGGGGUGACCACUACUGCUUUCAAAGCCAUCCACCAAGGCUCUUCCAGGGCAGAACCUGACUGUUAGGGUUAGGACUAAGUGUUCAGAAGCUUCAGGAAGGGCUCCCAGAAGCCAUUCUGCAGGAUCUGAGAACACCUUCCUCUGAGAAACCAGAAACCUUGUGCCUGGGUGAUGAGAUCCAAGCUUUGACAGUCCCUUUAUUUUUCUUAGUCUAACAUUUUUGCCAUGUCCCCUGACCCAUACAGUCUCUGAAGAGGGUUCAGCCUUUCUCAAACAUUCUGGCUGUGCCAACAAGAUGUAUCCCAAGUGGAAGGCUCCAGUGACAAUGAAGGAGCAAAAGGCCUACUCUGAAAAGCUCCCCUUCCUCUCUUCCCUUCUCCCACGUGCCCCCCCCACUCCUCUCCAGGAUGUGCCCCAGUGGAACCCUGAGCCUUCUUUCCCUGAACACUGCCCAAUGCAUCCCCCGCCCCCACCCCCACCCCCUGGAGCUGGGGGCUGCCCUCGGAAAUGAAGUGUUCCUUAGCGAAACAAGCUGGAGCCAGCUGCAUGUGCUGGAUCCGUGUGGCAGGAGGUCCAUCUUCAUCCCUGCUGGUCUUGACUUUGGCUCAUCUGUCGGGAGGGUCCGCUCUUGUCUGCCAGGUCACCUUUCCCAUUAGGUCAGUGUCCCUUGCCUUCCUCUUUCUAGAAUGCUGGGAGUAGGAAGAAAGGGUUUGAGACUUUUGGGAAUUGCUGAGUUUCCAUUUGUGCAAGGUGACCUGGACCUCUCCAGCCGCCUUCUGGAGUCCUUCCUCACCUGUCACCUGAGCUGCGCGAGGGAGAGUGAACAGAAAACACCCCCGUCCAUCCCAUGACUGCAUAACCCACCGAUUUGGAUUUUGGCUUUAUAGAGCUUACAUGCUUCAGUAAUUUCUCCCUCUGUCUUAAAUACCCUCGGGGGGAAACCCACUCAGCCAAGGUAUUAGGUGUUCAUAUAUAUAUUUAUUAAAUACAUCGGAAGCUUUAGUUCUGUCAAGUCUUUUAUUACCUCAGAUCAGUUUAAAAGCCAAGCCAAUAACAAACUUUGAAGGCUCUUUUAUCAUUCCUGCGCCCUGUAGACGCCCAUGAUGCCUCACAGGUCACUCCUGAGGACGUUACGUGUGUCUACUUGUUUAGCGUCAACGGUUUUUGUGUGUGUGUGUGUACUCUAGUUUCCAUAGUAGGAGAGAAAAUAGAAAAAUAUUAUGCAAAAAUCUAUAGUUUUCUUUAGAUCAGAAACCGAUAUUUUUGAGUCAGCCAUAUGUAUUUUGUUUAAAAGACUUAAGUGCCGUCAUGUAACCCUGUGGAUGGAGCACAUAACCAGCUGUUAGACAUGACAGGUGACUUAGUAUAUUUGUAAUUGGUUUUAAAACCGACGCAAUUUACUUCCUUUCUCCAAACAGCCAUCUUUAUACUUAGGGGAAAACAAUUUGUUGGGUUCUAGGCUUUUUUAAUAUAAAUUUUGUUGAUAUGGAAUUGAGUAAGUUUAAGUGUUUCUAUGCAUAUGUUUUUUAUAUAAGUUUUUUUUUUCUACUCAGUUUCAGUGAUCCAACUGGCAGUGAAUAAAUAUGGCAUAAGUUAAUAAAGCUUUCCCCAAAAAUGGUGCUUUGGGUUUGAAAAGGGUCUGAUGGGGAGAAGGGGAAAACCUCUUGAUAAACCUAGAAAACAGGCAGCAGACUACAGCUAAGUGGAAGACCUAGCAAGGUGGAACAGCCAGCAGGAAAUGCGUGAGCACCCCCAAGGAGGAGGGCCCCAGGCUCAUUUGUAACCGGUGGUGAGGAAGUGAGGAACUUCGGGGAGAUUUGGGUUUCUUGAACACCUGGCAGAGCAGUACCCGAAACAUGAAUACCUCUUGAGCUGCAAGGGUUCUUUCCUAUCACCCCCAGAAAUUUCCACUAGUGAGUUUUUGUGCCAGGGUCCAAUUUGGGACUCUUCCUCCCCCUAGCGAGGUUUGUGCAGUGUAUCAGAUGGGGGACAGGGCCCAGAAAUGAGCAGAACAAAGGCUGGUUUCAGCUCUGGCUGACAGUCUUGGGGAUGGGGCUAGGUCCCAUUCUCGGUCCUGAAAGGCGAUGGAGAGACCACCUUGUGGAUUCUUUCAGGUUUAAGUUUCUUCUUCCCCUGGAACUUCAGAGGGGAGCAUUGCUUAUUAAAUCUGCGUGACUGCUCACUGCUAAAAAAACCAGAGCGGGCAGCAAGCCUGGUUUCCUUUCUUUCCUGCAGUCCUUGCCUACCACACCAUACCUAGGGAUCACCCACUACAGUGGUGGGGGUGGGGCACUUUUCAGUGCCUGCUAUUCUUAAGCCAUUCCAGACUCUUCUCAGAAUAGAGAGCCACCCUCCCCCUUUGCUCCCAGCCAGCCCUUUGCCUUCCCAACUCUGCUGUCAGGCCCGCUGCCCUGUUCCUCUUGACUGGGAGAGCUGCAGGGAGGUGAGCUCCCCACGACUGACGUGGCCUGUGGUUUGUGUUUCACAUGUAUAUACGCCAUAUGUGCAUAUGCCAUGGAUGUGCCAACACAACUCCACGUUGUUCUUUUCAAGUCAGCACGCAGAUAGGAAUUCUGAGUUUCUCUUUUUUUUUUUUUUUUUUUUUCAGUAACUAGUAUAACAGGCACUGGUAUUUUUGUAUAAAAAAAGAAAAACAAAAUAAAAGAUUGACUGUUGUGGUCUGCAUGAUAGAAACAAAUGGUGAUAUCAAAGCAACAUGCACCCCCGUGUGUGUUGCCAUAAUUUGCAGUUCAGCUUAACAGUGCACCCAAUCUGUAUUUGCAUUCUGAUAUUAUUUAAACUCUGUACAAUGUUUUGCAUGUAUUUAUGUGGUUCAUAGGGAAAAAAAAAAUUGCUUUCAACUGGCAAAUCUGAAAUUCAAAUAUGUUGUUCCACCGAGACAGGAAGAAUAGGAUUUUAAAAGAAGGGGGGGAAAGGAUAAAAUUUGGGGAACCAAUAAAGCUUGUUGCUAAUGAGCAGAAACCAGUACUGCCGUGCACUGAGAAUAAAGCCCAAGCCCACGUGUGA